AAUCCCAUCUUCUCCCACUAUCCAUUUUUCUUCUUACAAAUGCAUUCUCAAAAGUUUAGUUCAAUAUGCUGUUAGAUACAAAAAUAGUCUCCAAUGGAAUCAAAUACUCAACUCUUCCAAAGAGUUAUGUCCGGCCGGCACUGGAACAGCCAAAACUGUCAGAGGUUGCCGACUGGGAAACAGUUCCGAUGAUUGAUUUAGGCUGUGAAGAUGAAUCCUCAAUAAUCCAACAAAUUGGAGAUGCCUGCCGCGAUUAUGGUUUAUUUCAGGUGACAAAUCAUGGAGUACCAGAAGAAAUAAUGGAGAAAAUGCUGAAGGUGGCCGAUGAAUUUUUCCAUUUACCAUUGGAAGAAAAAAUGAAAUUAUAUUCAGAAGACCCUUUCAAGACUGUGAGAUUGUCCACAAGUUCUAAUGUGAAGAAGGAGACUGUGCAUAAUUGGAGAGAUUAUCUUAGACUCCAUUGUUAUCCUUUGGAGAAAUAUGCAUCUGAAUGGCCUUCAAAUCCAUCCACUUUCAAGGAAAUUGUAAGCAAAUACUGCACCGAAAUUCGAAACCUUGGGGCGAGAUUGCAGCAGGACAUAUCGAAGAGUUUAGGCUUGGAAAAAGAUUGCAUAAAGAACAUUUUGGGAGAACAAGGACAGCAUAUGGCCAUUAACUAUUAUCCACCAUGUCCAGAGCCGGAGUUAACUUAUGGUCUUCCGGCUCAUGCUGACCCAAAUGCUCUCACUAUUUUACUUCAAGACACACAAGUUGCAGGCCUGCAAGUUCUCAAGGAUGGCAAAUGGCUUGCAGUGAAACCCCUCCAAAAUGCUCUUAUUAUCAACAUUGGUGAUCAAUUGCAGGCACUGAGUAAUGGCAAAUACACAAGUGUUUGGCAUAGAGCUGUAGUGAAUGCUGAUAAAGCAAGAAUUUCAGUAGCUUCAUUUUUAUGUCCAAGCAAUGAUGCAGUAAUCAGUGCACCAAAGGAACUCACAAUUGAUGGAUCACCAGCCAUUUAUAGAGACUACACAUAUGCAGAAUAUUACAAGAAAUUCUGGGGCAGGAACCUGGACCAAGAACAUUGUUUGGAACUUUUCAAAAAUUAAAAAUUAAGGGUUUUCCCCUUGAUAUUGAUUUGGAUUUCAAGAAUUACUUAUUAUAUAUAUAUAUGUGUUGUAUGAUUUUGUUGUUUGUUUGUGUAUUUAAACCAACUUCAACUUUGUAUCUGUAAGAAUUAUGGUGUGACCUGAAUUCUAUUUGGAAUGUUAUUUGAAAUCCUAUUCGAAGUCUAUUUGACAAAUUUUAGUUGAAA